AUGAAGACUGUGAUAUUUUUCCUGUUCAUCUUGGGAGUUGCAGCUGCAGUCCCCACAACCACAAGGUUCUUAUCUGAUCAUUCCAAACCCACUGCUGAUUCUCUGAGUUCCAUUCAACACAGUGAAACAUCAGCAACACCCCACAAUACUGCAAUUCCUACAUUAGAGAUUGAAUAUGCAGAAAAUGAAAAAGAACCUUCAAUAUAUGUAGAAGAUUAUGAGUAUUUCUUUUCUUUUAAGGAUGAAAAAUCUUCAAUAUUAACAUCAAAAGAGGAAAGUCAUGAACAAGCAGAGGAUCACGACCAGAAUUCUAGCAAAGAAACAGGACAGAAAGAUCAAGAAGAUCGUGAUGGUGACUUAGGUGUGGGUUUGGAAGACAAACCAACUGAAGGAACAUUGAACUUGAACGAAGAUACAACUGGUCAUCAAAAGAAAAAUCUCUCUGAGAACACUGACUUCCAUGAUCCUGAUGUUAGUUCCACUGUAGAUUACAAACAACAACAAAACCUCACAGAGAAGGAGAGAAACCAAGACGAUCAGGUGAAUAAGAGUAGCAAACUUAUCGAAGACCUAAGUGACCAAGAAAACCAGGAACAGGAUCCAACCAUUCCCAAACAAGAAGAGGAAAAAGAGACAGUUGGUGCUCAGGAUGAAAGCCAAGAAAGUGAAGAAGAAAAAGAAGAACUAUCUAAAGGGCAGUUUAGCAGCAACCAAGAAAAUAGCACCCAAUUGGAUGAUGUUUUGGAAGAGUCCAGUCAACCAACUCAAGUCAGUAUGACGCAGAAGGCAGAAUCUGAACAGGGCAACCAAGAACAAGAUGGAGAGGAUCAUUUCAAAGAAGAAAUGGAAGAGGAAAGUGCAUCAAAAAUCAACAAACAUGGUCAAGAUACUGAAUGGCAGGGCCAAGAAGGGAAAACUGGUCAUGAAAUUAUCACUGCCCACAAGGAGAUGGAGAAAAAAACAGUUCCUGAAGCUUUGUUCAUGGAGCCUAUUGGAAAUGGCAACAGCAUGCCUCAAAAUCAGGAGGCUGGGGCUGGUGAGGAGAGUCCCGGGCACAAUGCUGGUGAUGAGGGCUUCAGCCCAAGCCAGCCCUUCCUAGAGAAUGAUCGAGCUCAAUCCAAUUAUUAUCCUAUCAACAAUGAGGAACCAAAAGAAAGAGUAAAUGAAAAUGAGAGUGUUGACAGCAACGGACCUAGAGAAUCCCAAGAGGUCAAGAAAAUAGAGAGUUUGCCGAAUGAAGAUGAAAAUUCAAGUGAAGGUAAUAUGAGGGUGGAGGAUGCUUGCAUGACUUUCCAGUGUAAAAGAGGACAUGUUUGCAAGGCUGACGCCCAGGGAAAACCCCGCUGUGUUUGCCAAGAUCCAGUGACCUGUCCUCCUACAAAACUUCUUGACCAAGUUUGCGGCACUGACAAUCAGACCUAUGCGAGCUCCUGCCAUCUCUUUGCUACUAAAUGCAAACUAGAAGGGACCAAGAAGGGACAUCAACUGCAACUGGAUUAUUUUGGAGCCUGCAAAUCUAUCCCUGCUUGUACAGACUUUGAAGUGACUCAGUUUCCUCUGCGGAUGAGAGAUUGGCUCAAGAACAUCCUCAUACAGCUUUAUGAACACAACCCGGAGCAUGCUGGCUACCUGAAUGAAAAGCAGAGGAGCAAAGUCAAGAAAAUUUACCUGGAUGAAAAGAGACUCUUGGCCGGGGACCAUCCCAUUGACCUUCUCUUAAGGGACUUUAAGAAAAAUUACCACAUGUAUGUGUAUCCAGUGCACUGGCAGUUUAGUGAGCUCGACCAACAUCCGAUGGACAGAAUCUUGACCCAUUCAGAGCUUGCUCCUCUGCGAGCAUCUCUGGUGCCCAUGGAACACUGCAUAACCCGCUUUUUUGAGGAGUGUGACCCCAACAAGGAUAAGCACAUCACUCUGAAGGAGUGGGGCCACUGCUUUGGAAUUAAAGAAGGUAAAUUGAUCAUCAGCCCAGGGAAAGAAUUGACCUCUUCUCCAGACUAG